CUAGCGAAACCAUAAUAACAACUACUACUUCAGCCAGUGAUUGCUUUCGUUCUUCUCACUUUAUUCUCUCUCUCUCUCUCUCUUUUUGCCCCUUCAACGAUGCACUUCAAUUUUCUCUUUUGGCAAAGACCAGCAUCCUUAAUUCUUCAAAAUUCUUUUGCUAUGUAACUCCACCAAAAAAAUAAAACCUUUAACUUUUUCUCUCUUCCUCUGCACCCAUUUUUUUCGUAAAUUCGAUUGUUAAGGUUGUUCCACAUCGUGUUUCUUUGUCCCUCAACACUUUUCAGCAAAAAUUUCAUCUGGGUUUUCGCGGAUCAGACCCAGAUCCUGUUUCUGUCUGAUCCAUCUAUAUUGCUAUUUGCUGGUGAAAAUCCUGAAAAAGAAGAGGAGGAGCAGAUUUGACAUACUAAGAAGCACCAUGGAAGUUGAUAAGGAGUCUUUUGCUGAAUCCUUUGGCUUCCUUCAACUAGUGUUUUUUGUCGAUAAAUUUAGCAAAGAUGAUACUAUCUUAUGAUGGCUGAGUCAGAAGUGAAGUUGAAGAGAGGUUAUUGUUGUCUCUGUCUGGGAUUCAGUUAGUGCACUUGCUUGGCUAACUUGCUGCUUUAUAUGAUUUGAAGAGUUCUGGUAAGGAGUGUGUUCUGAAGUGCACGACAAAAGUCUUUUGUUGAAUCAAUUUUAAGCUAUGAUCAAGCAGAUAUUGAAUAGGCUUCCUAGGAAGCCCAACAAAUCAGGGGAAAGUCGUGAAGGAGGGGGAAUAUCGACACCCUCUUCAACUCCUUCGACAAGUGCAAGGAGCAACGAUGUAGCAGGCUACCGUUAUGGAAAUUCAACUGCUUCAACUCUUUCAGGCGGUGUCGAUUCGAAUACGGUUCCAGGAAUAAAUAAUGGUGACAAGAUUGUCCAAGCUUUUAACUCAAAACUGAAUCUGAAUGGGACUUUUCCAGUUUCCGCCUAUGAAGCUUUGCCAAGUUUCCGUGAUGUUCCAAAUUCAGAGAAGCAGAAUUUGUUUAUAAGAAAGAUGCAAAUGUGCUGUGUUCUAUUUGACUUCACUGACCCUACAAAGAACCUCAAAGAAAAGGAAAUUAAGCGACAAACACUUGUAGAACUUGUGGAUUAUGUUUCAUCUGCUAAUGGGAAGUUUACAGAUAUAAUGAUGCAAGAACUUGUAAAAAUGGUGUCUAUAAAUUUGUUCCGAACAUUUAUUUCUCCUCCCCGUGAGAACAAAGCUCUAGAAGCAUUUGAUGUGGAUGAGGAAGAACCUUCAAUGGACCCUGCAUGGCCUUACUUGCAAAUUGUGUAUGAACUGCUUCUAAGGUUUGUCACAUCACCUGAGACUGAUGCGAAGUUGGCAAAAAGGUAUAUUGACCAUUCAUUUGUUCUAAGAUUGUUAGACCUUUUUGAUUCAGAGGAUCCCAGGGAGCGGGAUUACUUGAAGACAGUUCUUCAUCGUAUUUAUGGGAAAUUUAUGGUGCACCGACCAUUCAUCAGAAAAGCAAUCAACAAUAUAUUCUACCGCUUCAUUUUUGAAACUGAGAAGCAUAAUGGUAUUGCUGAACUCUUAGAAAUUUUGGGAAGUAUAAUCAAUGGAUUUGCUUUACCACUGAAAGAAGAGCACAAGCUGUUUCUUGUGCGAGCUCUUAUUCCUCUUCAUAAACCAAAAUGCAUACCAAUGUACCACCAGCAGUUAUCUUACUGCAUCACACAGUUUGUGGAAAAAGACUGCAAGCUUGCUGAUACUGUUAUACGGGGAUUAUUAAAAUACUGGCCCAUAACAAAUAGUUCUAAGGAGGUUAUGUUCAUAGGGGAGCUAGAGGAAGUCUUAGAAGCUACUCAACCUGCAGAGUUUCAACGAUGUAUGGUACCGAUGUUCCGCCAAAUAAGCCGUUGCUUGAGCAGUUCACAUUUCCAGGUAGCAGAGAGGGCUUUGUUCUUAUGGAACAAUGAUCACAUUGAGACCUUAAUCAAGCAGAACCACAAAAUUAUACUUCCCAUUGUCUUGCCUGCUCUGGAGCAAAAUGCCCGAAACCACUGGAACCAGGCUGUCCAGAGCUUGACAAUAAACGUCCGCAAGAUAUUCUCUGACACUGACCCUGAAUUCUAUGAAGAGUGCAUGCUCAAAUUUCGGGAAAACGAAGCGCAAGCGAAGGACAUGAAGUCGAAGCGCGAAGCCAGAUGGAAGCGAUUGGAAGAAAUGGGAAGCAUGAAAGCUACAACCAAUGAAGCAGUUCUGGUUUCUCCCAGAAAAGGCUCUCAUACCCCUCCUGGCAAUGCAAGUAGAUCUCAGUUGGAGUGAUCCUUGAUUUUUGGCAUUGCUGAGUUGAAAAAGCUUAACUUAGUGCUGCAUGAGAAAGAAGGAAUACAAGGGGUGAUAAUGUGAUAAUGUGUUUCUAUGUUUUGGUUCCAUUUUCCACAUGGUAAAAUUUCAAGGCCAAAAAUUGUGGGGUUCACAAUAGCUCCAACUUGGUUUUAAAAGCAUGGAAUGUACAUAUUGGAUUGCAUGGACAAGAAUGGUUGCCUCAAGCCACAAUUUCAUUUGGGAAUUUGCUUUUUAAUGCUGGUCUUUGCAGUUUGAGUUUGAAAAUCUCAAAAUGGCUUGAGUUCAACGUUUAAUCUGCUUUCAUACUUUAACUUUGAUGGAAGCAUGCUCCAUUUUUUUGUUGCCAAUGUUUAGUGUUAAUCUUGGUCCUUUUGUGUAGGUGAGUUGGUUGUUUAAGGAAAUUGGGCAAUUAGAGCUUAUGUUAUAUGAAUUGUGGUGGACGCUGUAUUUUUUAUAUAUGAUAUGGUGAAAGCAUUCUAUUUAGUGCAUGUAUUUUACUGACAAGAGUAUUCAAUGAAUCUUUCAUCUCUCUCUCUC